UCUCACCCCCCGGGCUCCGUCUUCCGAUGCGCGCGCGGGCGCCCUUUCGACCGCAUGUCCGUGGGCCUCCAGCGAAGCGGAAAGGAGCCCCGGGUGUUGCUGGUGGCCCUGCAGGUCCUGGCCUAUGCGGGCCAGUCCGUGCUGAUUUGUCUCACCAAGCAGCCGGAUGGAGGAGGCUUCGCCUAUGACGUGAGCUCCGUGGUGUGCUUCGAGGAAGGCCUGAAGCUGGCGAUCCUCGUGCUCACCGAGCGCCAGGCCUUCCGCGGCUGCGGCGGGCUGCGCACGGCGGCGGUGGCACUGCUGCUGGCGCUGCACGGCAACUUAGUUUUCCUGGCCCAUGCCUACUUGUCGCCGCCCAUGUACCAGCUGCUGCACCACGCAAAGGUCGUGGUGACUGGAGUGUUGUUCCGGGCGAUCUUGCAGCAGCAGCUGGUGCUGAUCCAGUGGAUCGCGCUGGCGCAGCUCUGCCUGGCGCUGGCGGGCACGAGUCAGAUCAACUGCUCCACGGGCGCCGACAGGAGCCAUCCGGAUGCUGACUGGCUGCCGGGGGUCACUGUGGUGCUUCUUCUUUCAGUGUGCUCCUCCCUGGCCACGGCGCUGCUGCGCCUGGGCGCGGCCUCGGACGGCUGGCUGCAGCUGUACCGAUUCUUGGCCUCUUUGGCUGCCUAUGCCUUCCUUGCGCAGCGCGCGCCUCUGGAGGGCUACACCCACACAGUCUUCACGCUGGCGGGCUUCGACACUGCGCUGAGCUUUGCGGGCGCCCGGAUCUUCUCUGGGGGCAACGCGGUGAAGAUCGGGGGCACCGCGCUCACGCUGCUGUGCGCAGGGCUGGCGUCAUUUUACUGCCUGGACUUCACCCCCGGCAACGGCUUCCUGCGCGCUGGGCUGCUCAGCUGCUGCGCCCUUUGUUUGUACUACGGGGACCAGCGCACACUGUACAGACCCGACUCCGAACUCCUGGGGCCUUUGCCCACGUGCCAUUUCUGGGAGAAGCAGAGGGACCAGGACCUCCCCAAGAUGGUUUGAGCGCCUUGGCGGCUCAGGGGGCCUACGGGCCUACGGGCCCAGGACGUAAAGGAGAAGGUCUGGUUCAAUUGGAGCAGGCGAUCCGCAAUUUCUGGG